AUGCAAGAAGAACAACCUAGAGAAAUGGCACAAGUGGUUUCGAUUGCAGAAAAUGCUCAAUUCUUCAGAUUGAUACAAAACUCCAGAACUAAGGUUUUCUAAGGCACUGUAAAGUUGGCCUAAUUUUAAGAUUCAAAAACCCAUUUCAUUACUAUUGAGAAAUUCUGUCAGAACAUUGUUCCUGGCACUCCUUUCGUAUACAUACAAUCUGAAUCUGGAUUGACACUUAUAUUCCCUCACAUAGACCAAGGUUUAAAUGGAAUCUUUAUUCCACAAAGUGACUUAUUGAAUGUAUUCCACGCAGCCUUAAACACAGUUGUGUCCAUGGUCCCAUUUGAUUAGGCUAUGCAAAUAUAGCAAUUCAAAGACACCAUUGAACUGCAUUCCAAAGACAUCGCUACCAACCCUUUGGAUAAUCCUAAUGAUGCUGCAUCCUACAUUGUCAAGGGAGGAGACUAUCUAAAGAAGGGAUUCUUGUUCUUGGGCACCGUGAUGGCAACAGGAAUAAACAAAGGGACUCAAUAUUUGAAUGAUAAAAUUUAGCCAGGCUAAGAAGUUUAAGUUGAUCCAAAUACAAAGACCAAAUUUUAGUCAACCAAAGAAAAGGUUAGUGAAGUGUUUGAUGUUACUGGAACCUAUCUGGGUUAAUUAUUUAAGCCAGUGGCAGCAAAGACCAAAGAAUUGACCAAUGAAUUAGGACAGAAAAUAGAUAACUCAUAGAACAAUAUUUUGAAGUAGAGCAAACAAUUGACUUCAGCUACUUGGGAUGCAGCAGGCACUGCUCUUUCAGGAUUAGGCACAGCCCUAUGUUAAGUAGGAAGUUCUAUUGGCAAUGGAACAAAACAAAUAGUUUAAAAGAAAUAUGGAACUGAAGUUGUUAAUACCUAUUUAGGCGGUGAUUAACAAUAAUAAUAACUACAAUAAUAAUAAUAGUAAUAGCAAUAACAAUAGUUGGAUUAAUAUCAACCUUUAAUUGAAGAACAACCAGCAGCAUCUUCAUGAAAAUUAUUAUCAUAUAAUUAUU